CGGUGUCCCCACCCCAAUCAGUGUGGCCCACCUGUCUUUAUCAGCCCCAGUCCGAGCGGCAUGGCUGCUCUGUCUGCCCCAGGCCUCCGCCGACAUCCCGUGGAUAAGUAGCUGCAGCGGCCCGACACAGGAACUCCGUCUGCGGCUGUGAGCGGCCAUGGCCAGGACUGGUUUCUGCGACUCCAAGCCCCUGCUGGACUUACACAAGAAGGCGGAUGAGAGGCGAGCCCCAUUAAGAACUUGGGCUAAUGCCUGUGGGCCGAUAGAUCGCUGGCAGCCUGUAGAAUCAGAUGACUCCAGGAUGGCCCCUGUCAAAAUGGAGACAGAAAGCAGAUGGCAUUGUCUGUUCGCAGGAAAGGAGGUUAUUGACGCAGACAAGUGAAGACAUAAUCAUGGGGUUCAAUGAAGACAGUCAAACACACCCAGCUGGUAGUGUAAUCACAGAUGGGUGUGUGGAGAUGCCUGUGCUUCUUCACCCUCUUGGGCUGCAGGGUCUUCACAGCCUACAGGCUCUGGUGCCCAGCUUGCUGCGCCGUGAGGUGGAGAUUGCACUGGAGAAGCUGGGCCUCGUAGGGGACCGGACAUAUGCCUGGGACAUGUUCUUGGAUAUGGUGAGAACUCAGUCACAAAACUCUUUUCCCAACGCUGACCUGCCCCAGCAUUUCACUGAUGUCACUCGUGCUGUCCUGGUAGACUGGCUCAUUCAAGUUCAUGAGAUGAUGCAUUUUCAGGCCGAGACUCUCUAUCUGGCCAUACACCUUCUUAACCGCUCCCUGCGUCAGAUCAAGGUGACCACAGCCAACCUGCAGCUCCUCGGAAUGGUUUGUCUCUUCCUCGCUGCAAAGAAGGAAGAAUGUCUCCUGCCUGAGGUUUCUGGACUCUGUUACUUGAUGGACCAUACCUACACUAAACAUCAGCUGCUACGAAUGGAGCGCAAAGUCCUCUGUGGGCUCAAGUUUGAUUUGUCCUACUGUCCUCCUCUGCAUUUCCUCUUUCUACUUGCCUCUGUUGCUCGCUGCAGCACUAAGGUGGUGUGGAUGGCCCGUUACCUGCUGGAGCUGUCCCUCCUGGAGGGUCAGUGUGUGGUCUUUCUGCCUGUGCAGCUGGCGGGAGCAGCCCUCUGCUUGGCCCGCCAGGUUCUGCAGGAGCCCCCAACACCAGAAGGGGAGGCUGCCUGGUGUCUGGCCUCCAGCAUCCAUGUCGGCAGUGAGACUGUCCUGCUGAGGAUCAUGCACAUUCUGGCCAGUGCUGCAGCCAAGGCCCAUGCCCAAGAGACCUGUGCUACUUUUAUUAAAUUCUCCUCCCCAGAGAUGAUGCAUGUCAGCAGACACCCGGGUCUAAAGAAUGCCUCUGGUCUGUUGGGAUUAUGCACUUGACAUUCCUGCUUCCAAAAAACAUAUUAUUUGUAUCCCAAAGCUUUAAGAUAGAGAUGCUAGACGAGUAUCAUCCAAGAACUUCACUCUUCUAAGGCUGUACUUUAUUUGCUAUGGCUCCUGAGGAGUUUCCAUGGAAAUGGGUGAGAAAGAAAUGUGAUUUUUGAUGCCAAACCUUGUUUGACAAAAAGCUGCAUGCACUUUGCAUGUGUGUGAUUGGGCCAACUGAGUGGCACAUCUGUUUUAUGAUCUUAUCUUGCAGCCAAUUUAGAAAAUAUUUGAAUUCUAUUAAUGUGUCCUUGUCUUGUCAGUGAUGAAGAGAAUGUUGAUCGAGUUUUUCUAAAGUUUUAAUAUAAGAAUAAAGUGUCUGCUGCAA